AUGACCUUCUAUAGCAGCGUGGUGGGGGUCCUGAAUAUACAUGCGCCUAUGGUUACUAAGCGUAUUCUAAAGCGUUCUAUUCCGUGGAUCUCGUCUGAUCUGCGAAGAAGAAUUAAAGAGCGUGAUAAACUGUUUACACGUGCCAAGCGGACAAGUAAUCCAAUGCUUUUAGAACAAUAUAAGAAUUUGCGUCGUGAUAUUAAGCAGGACAUUAAGUCAGCUAAAAAUCGUUACCUGGGUGACUUAGUGCUUCAACAAUCGAGUCCAAAUAAAAUGUGGUCAUGCUUGCGUAGAUGUGGCCUCGUGGGCGGUGUGUCAUUAUCUGCUCUUCAUCAUUUUGCUCCAUCUACCCUAAAUCGCCAUUAUGUCUCCAUAUCAUCGUCUCAUCCGCUCUGUGACCAUAUCACAUUCAGCUCCAUCCUAUCACGGCCUAUUCCGAAUGGCCUGCAAUCUUUCACCUUUUCCCCCAUUAGUCACCUUGAAGUUCUCAGCAGCCUUAAUUCCAUUCUUAAGAAGUUUCGUGGCCUCAGCCCAGAUCAGCUUCCUCUAGCACAUUUGAAGCAAUUAUUCUCAGUUAUUGUGCCAUAUUUAGUAACUCUUUUUAAUCAGUCCCUCUCUCUUGGUGUUUUUCCUUCCGCUUGGAAAUCCUCAUUCAUCAUUCCUCUCAAGAAAAAUCCCAGUCCCUCUAAUCCAUCUGACACUCGAACAAUAGCUAAUCCACCUCAUCUGUCCAAAGUUAUUGAUUCCUUAGUUACGCAUCAAAUCGUUGCAUUCCAUGAAGCCAACAAGUUGCUUCAUCCUAAGCAGUGUGGGUUUCGCAGAUAUCACAGCACUCAAACAGCACUACUGUACCUCCUUGAUGACAUCCGAAUGGGUGUUGAUAGAGGCUAUGUUACUAUAUUGGUCUUAUUUGAUUUCUCAAAAGCCUUUGAUAGUCUGUCUCACUCAGUUAUCUUGACGUGUUUACGAGACAUAGGCUUCGAGGAUUUGGCACUUUGGAUGCGCUCGUUUCUAUCAGGUCGGUCCCAGUCCAUAAUUGGACUAGAUGGACAACCAUGUCAACCUGAGUUUACUACGUCAGGUGUCCCGCAGGGUACUAGUUUAGGACCUAUUCUUUUUAUUAUCGUUAUUAAUACUCUUUUCUCGAAACUCCAGUAUUGUCGGGACACUACCAUCAUUUUUACGGAUGACACUCAAUUAUAUCUAUCGACUCCUAUAAGCCGCAUCAAUGAUACCGUGCAACUAAUUAAUAGUGACACAGCUGAAUUGCUCAAAUGGACCCAUGAUUAUGGGCUCACAUUAAACGCCCGUAAAACAAAGGCAAUCAUUCUUGGAUCUACACAAAACUUGGCAUCUUUCAAUGGUCUACUGCUUCCACCAAUCAUUGUUGGGACUGAGGUAAUACCCUAUUCUGAUCAUGUCAUGAACCUUGGUGUAAUAAUUUCGUCUGACCUCUCAUGGAAUUGA